UAUACCCUACUCAAAUGUGUCCGAAACGACGCUAAUUUCUGAAGGCAGAUUAAUAGAGCUAUGUAGACUGUAGUUUCACUUUCACUUCUCCAAUUUGGUCUCCCUCGGAUUCGUCAGUUAGUUAACGCAGAGCCGCCCACCGACUCAUUUUUCAAGGCUUGGGCGCUCCUCCUUCAAGCACUUGUCUGCCGUCAUUUUUCAAUCACAACACAUUGAUACGAAAGAAGAAGAAUGAAGAGCUCCCUUUUCUAUGAAACGAGUUGUUCCUUGUGGAGAAGGAAAACAAGACCAACAACCAAACCCUACUUCCUAUCAUCCGCUUCCUUCUCUACUGCGGACUAUGAAAAUGGCGACGCCUUUCAAAGCAACCCUUCAAAAGUCAAGAUAUUCGACCGCCACCUCAAACGCAAACAACGUGAUCGAGCUGCGUGGUUGCUGCGUCCCAAUGAUUCCUUCGUACAUGCUGUAGCUGAGAAUCUAUUAGAUCGUUUGGAGGACUGCAAGAAAACAUUUCCUACGGCAUUAUGUUUGGGAGGUUCAUUGCAAGCUGUAAGGCGAUUGCUGCAGGGACGUGGUGCGAUUCAAAAGUUUAUUAUGAUGGAUACCUCAUAUGAUAUGUUAAAGCUGUGCAAAAGUUCUCAACCAGAUUCCUGUAAUGAAAAUAUUGAAACAUCAUAUGUGGUUGGCGAUGAGGAGUUUCUGCCCAUCGAAGAAAGUUCAGUAGAUUUGGUAAUCAGUUGCCUAGGGCUCCAUUGGACAAAUGAUCUUCCAGGAGCCAUGAUACAGUGUAAGCUGGCAUUGAAGCCCGAUGGCCUAUUCUUAGCAGCUAUACUUGGAGGAGAAACCUUGAAGUUGGAGCUGCGAAUAGCUUGCACUGUGGCUCAAAUGGAGCGUGAAGGAGGCAUUAGUCCACGGGUAUCACCUCUGGCACAGGUCAGGGACGCUGGCAACCUUUUGACUAGAGCAGGGUUUGCACUUCCUGGUGUUGAUGUUGAUGAAUAUGUGGUUAGGUAUGAGAGUGCCUUGGAUCUAAUUGAACAUCUACGAGCAAUGGGUGAAACUAAUGCUUUGCUGCAAAGGAGCAAUAUCCUGAAGAGGGAAACAGCUCUAGCAACUGCAGCCAUCUAUGAUUCAUUGUUUUCAGCUGAAGAUGGCACCAUCCCUGCAACUUUCCAGGUGAUCUACAUGACAGGGUGGAAAGAACAUCCUUCUCAACAGAAGGCCAAAAGGAGGGGUUCCGCCACAGUAUCGUUCAACGACAUACAGAAGCAAUUUGGAAGCGGAAGUUGAUCGAUCUCUUUCUUUUGUGUGUGUGGCAGUGUUGUUCAUCUAUUUACGCAAAAGAAUAAGUAACUCCAGUGCCGAGCAGCAUACAGUGAUUGCAGGUAAAGAAAAAGAAAAACAUUAGAGAUGAUGUGAAUAAAUUCUUUACCUUGUAAUUCUCGCGCAUGCAUCCUAGUGAAUUUGAAAACUACAUUAACAUUCAUUUUUUUUGGAUAUCAUCCGAUACUUUUAGUAGCAAAAUGUUGGGUGAAUACUUGUAGGUGUCACUUUUAUUAUUCUUAAUAGACUUUUGGGUAAUUUUUUUUUUAAUAAAAG